AUGCCUCUCGGAGUCCUCGAGUCCAGUAGCACCCACGGACAUCAUGUCCCCGGCACAGUUCUUCUCGAUACACAAGCAAACACUGCUGAGCUUGAGUUAUCAGGUCUCAAAAAAGGGACUGGCAAGAAUAAGGAAGUAAUCUUGGUGCCCCAGCCUUCCAACAGUCUAAAUGACCCCCUCAACUGGCCCCUCUGGCAGCGAGAUCUUAUUCUCCUCGUUUACUGUUAUGCAACAGUCUGUGUAAUCGGCGGAGUGGGACCUCUCCUCUCAUCGAUGGCUCUUCCUAUCAUCGGCGAAUUUCACGUUACUUUCACCGAGUUCUCUCUUCUCACUGGCUACCAGCUGUGUGCUGUUGGAGCUGUUGGCGUUCCCAUCGCUGCCCUUGCCCGCAAAUACGGAAAGCGUCCAACAUCACUCUUCUCUAUGUCCGCGGUUUUGGCUGGGUCUAUUUGGGCUGGAAGAGCUCAGUCCUAUGGCUCCCUGGUUGGCGCCCGAGUUUUCCAAGGUCUGGGUGUUGCUAUGUUCGAAAGCAUCACAUUUGCCUUGAUCGGUGAUAUGUAUCAUGUACACGAAAGAGGAACCCGGAUGGCCGUUUAUGUCAUGUCACAAUCCGGACUCGGGAACCUUCCAGGAACCAUCGCUGGAAAGAUCACCAUGGACCUCGGUUGGCGGUGGGUUUUCUAUAUCUUAGACGUUUUUGUCGGCCUCGCCUGGCUGUUUUUGGUAUUCUUUGGUUGGGAAACUGCAUUCAAUCGCAACGCAAUAUACAACCUCGAUACAAACUCACAGGAUGCCGUGGAAGACUUGGUGCCCGAGAAAGACAAGCCAAAAGCGGAAGCCGUCCAAGACGAGACGCUCAAGACCACAAUGACUGCGACUACCGCAACAUCAUAUACCCGCGAAUCCUUCUUCAGCCGAAUGAAACCUUUUCAUGGGUCGUUUUCAGAUGAUUCUCUCGUUAAGAUGCUCAUCAGACCAUUCUUCUGUUUGCUUAACCCAGCUAUCACCUGGGCUAUCCUCAUAGUUGCAUUUGCCUCUGUUUGGGUCAUUGGCAUAUCUAUUGUCAUUGCGCAAAUCUUCUCGGCGCCGCCAUUCUUGCUAAAUACAGCGCAAUUGGGCUACAUAGGAGCAGGCCCAACGGUCGGGGGGUUUCUCGGUUGUAUCCUGUGUGGGGCACUUUCCGAUCCCAUUGCUCGAUUCUUCACUCGGCGAAAUAAUGGUAUAUACGAGCCUGAAUUCCGACUUCCUCUCAUGGCUCUCUUACCUGUUGUCUCUACUAUUGGAUACUUCUGCUUUGGAAAUCUGAUAACCCAAGGUAAAAGUCCUGUUGCAGCUUCAGCAAUGUGGGGUCUAGUAUUUGUCGCCGUCCAGGUCGCGGCUGUGUCGACUGGCGCUUACAUUGUCGACGCAUUCCGGGACAUCAGCGUGGAAGCAUUCAUCAUUCAGAUGACGGUUAAGAACUUCUUGUGGUUCGGAUUCUCUUUCUUCUUGAACAAUUGGCUUGCAAAAGUAGGCCCUGCCUCGAUGUUUGAUACUGUUGGUGGUAUUCAGCUGGGGCUGUCAUUGACGACAAUUCCACUUUAUAUCUAUGGGAAGAGGUUCAGGGCCUGGUGGCACCGCAACAAUAUAAUUGGGACUGCCAAUUAG